AUGCUCCCCUAUUGUACCUUCAUGCCCAGGGCUCUACUGGGGAGCCCGUCCCAGAGUUGGAAAAAUAAUCAUGUGACCUGGGCUGUCCACAGCAAUGAGGCCAACACGCUGUACCAUAUCCUGAUAGAAGAGCUGAUCCAACAGAAGGAAGCGACCAUGCCAGGAAACCUGUCAGAGGAGGAAAAGAUGUUUCUCUUAUGUUUUCCCUUGCAGAAGUAUAAGCUGGAAAAGAGUAUCAGAGAACUUCACGCUAUUGCACACCAAGUUGAUGCAACCCAUAAGAUGCUCACCAAGACCAGCCUGGUGGCCAGCUCCUCAGGCAGCAUCUCUGGAGUCAUGAGCCUCUUGGGUUUGGCCCUGGCCCCCGUUACAGUAGGGGUCAGUCUGAUGCUUUCAGCGGCUGGGCUGGGCCUGGGGGCUAGGGGCUGCCACCAACAUGUUGAUGAGUAUCUCUUAGAAAGUAGGAGCAACUCGGCAGCCAGAGACAGAGCCAGCAGACUGGUGCCUAUGGAAACAACUGUGGUGUAUGAAGCUUUUGAAGAAAUAAGGUUGCCUGCAAUCAGUGCUGCUUUGUCGUGUGUCGAUAGAGGUGUCAGAGUCAUCAAGAACGUCAAGGAUUUUCGGGCUUACCAGAUGUCCACAGCCAACUCUGGCUUCAUGGCUAAGGUCAAUAACUUCAUGGCCACAAACCGUGUCCCCUUCUGGAGGGGGGGGACACUACAGACAGCUGUUGAAGGCUCUGCUCUGUCCAUGACCAAAGGUGUCCGGCUACUGGGUGCUGCUGGGGCUGGCUUCCUACUUGUGCAAGACAUGAAAAGCCUGCUGCAGAGCUGGAAGCACCUGGAGGAGGGGGCAAGGGCAGAGACCACCAAGGAACUGAGGACGGUCGCCCUGCAGCUGGAGCAGGAGCUGAGCCAGCUCACCCAGCGCUACAAGCUGACCCUCCGGGGCAGGGCUGGCAGGAGAGCCCGUCCCCGAAUCAAGAGUUGGCUGCAAGUUCGAGGGCCAGCCUGGAGGGCGGCUUUACUCUUGGCCUACGGGGAGGCCUGGGGACAGCUGGGCCUGGAGCUGGGCAGCCUCCCCUCCUGCCUGCCCCAGCUCACCACCCUAUGUGUUCGUCAGCCUCCUUCUCCGGUAGACCCCACGCAGCACAGGGCCAAGGAUGGUGGGGGUAAAGGCCACGCCAGAGGGCCAAAGGCAAGAGGAAGGGCCGGCCAGGAGCAAAGCAGUGAGCAGAGUGCCUGGUGCAGAGGGAACCGACAAGGAGUGUUUCCUCCUCCCUUUCUGCGGGGACACGGUGGGUGCGCGCGGAGGAGGAGACAGGGAUGA